AAUGGGUCCGUACUUUUUUUAUCUAAUUUCGUUCGUUACACUAAUGUUCCGUUUUGUUAAAAAAUAUUUUGGAACAGUCUUCAAAACUCUUACUCUAUAUUAAGACGUUUUUUAAGCUUGUUUAAGCAGACUGAACAUAUUCAAAUAAAACUUUUUUGUGUUUGUAGUGUUCGUACAUUCGCAGCCAUUGAAUUGUUCUUAAACAGAAGUAUAGAAUUAUAAACAGGAAGUAAAUAAAUUUCGAUAUCGAGUUACAAUAGAGGGAAAAUUAUAGGUUUUGAUAAAUGGCAUUUUCUGCACUCUGAAAUAUUACUUUAUUUGGCACCAUAAAGAGGAAGUGUAGACUGUGUCGGAAAGUGUAGAGACUGGAUGAUGGGACAGGUACUACUUUUAAUGCUCUACCUUCUGUAUCUGGAAUCGACGGAUGCUAUACGAUUUCCCCACAUCAACACCGUGUCACAGCAAGAGGAUGUGGAUGUUAACAUAUCAACAAUUUCCAAGCGAAGAAUACGUUCUGCAAAUGGCUUUCCGCUAGAUCUUGACGUCAGAUUUACGUCAAAUAACCUACGUUCAGAUUUAAAACUGAGCAUAAAUGACGUCAGCGAUGAUGUACCAGUGGUUCUGCAGAGAGCUGGGAAAAUGGUGUCUUACCGGGUCUCCUCAGAGGCCGCCGCAUUCUACAUGGACGUUUCAAACAAGGCGGCAUUUAUCGUAUGGCGGGCUGACGAUCCUGAAACGGAAAACUUUCUUUUUUUCGGGACGUACCAGUCUGGCGAUCGAGAGCUGCUCGUGCAGCCACCAACUUUCGUCAACGCCGGCCACUCCGUGACGGAAAUUGAAGAUACCAGCCCGACUGACACUGACUUCCUGGUAAACCCCGAUUUCAAUGCAAGCAGAGCUGAACAGAUAGUAGCAUCAAAUUACAAGAACUCCGACCGAGUGAAAAGACAGGCAACAGAUUAUGAAGUUGAAAUCUUCUUUGUUAUCGACUACAGUCUUUAUUCCUUCUGGUAUAGGCAUAUGACGGGCACCGAUUUAGAAAAGCAAACAUCGGCGAUUUCAGCCAUUAAACAAUUCUACGCUUUUGUUUUAAAUGCGAUGAGCGUUCGCUACAGCUCAGUGACGGGUUCAGGCUACACCAUUUCCCUCGUUUACGCGGGAAUAUCCAUUGCAACGAGUUCUACAGACGCACCGUACGUCGAGAAUAAUCUACAAUCAUUCGAUGUAAAUGGCCGUCGAGCGUUCCUGGCCGAACUCGUAUUGCCUGCCUUUAAGGACUGGGGAAAUACCAACCUUAAGCAGAAUUACAACUUUGACGUCGCUAUGAUGUUUACAGGUUAUGAAAUGGGCAGAUUUGUCAACAACGAGUUUUAUUCCGCUACUGCAGGCCUCGCCUACACUCCUGGAGCGUGUAGUAACUUGAAUUACAACAUCAACGAAGACCAUUUCGGGGCGGUUCUAGCCACGAUUGCUGCACACGAGUUGGGACAUAAUUUGGGCGCCCAGCACGAUGGUACAGUCGACGGUAAUGGCGAACUUUGUUCGAGUGACGAUGCGUAUGUGAUGGCUCCCUCUUUUGGCGUAUCUUCUGACGAGAUCAAAAACCUCCAUCGCUUCUCAUUUUCUUCAUGCUCCAUCGAUUACUUUACUGCGUAUAUCACUACGUUUAACACAUGAGCGCAGGAUAUCGGGUGCUGCUUCGUGUUAUAAUUUUUGCCUAGGGUGAUCAUGAGCAGCCAGGGACAUGCAGCCCCUGGACGCUAGCGAACGCGUUACAAUAUUAG